AUGGGGCUUACCAGAUUCACGCAGAACGGACAGAUUAUCAACUUGCGCGAUAAUCGACUGAGCAUCGAAUGCGCACGGAUUCAUGCACAGGUAAGGGUACUGUGUUCAUUAUUUUUCGGAUAAGCCGACACAUUUUUCCUUUUCUUUUAGUUAUCCCAAGCCAUUGAGCGAUUGAUCAUCAUUGGGAUGAAAGUGGAGGCGGUUGACAACCCCAGCAGCAAGAAGUUAGUGGAGCAAUACAAUGUAAGUUCGUUCACUUAUAUAAACUCGAAUUUCCCAGCUAUCGGUCUGGCCAAAUCUAGCCGAUUCCCACGACUGUCUGGCCCAACUUUCGUCAACAAUUCGCAGCUCCAUUGACGAAUGCCAGGUGAGCGAUUCGCGGCUAACAAAGCUCCUGGAAUUGAACCGAUUUCAACUGGAAGCCAGGGAAAUUACGGACGAGUUGAUCGAAAAAAUCGGGAAAGAAAUGGAACUGGCGUUGGAGGUGAAACAAAGAGCCAGAAGUAUCCAAGGAAUUCAAAUGGAUCCCGAGAAAAUGGGACAAUUGCAGGAUUAUAAAAAUCGGUUUAAUAAAUGGAACUUUUGA